AUGCGACGACUUGCACCGAUGAUCAUGUAUGCGUUGGCUAUUGUUAUGAUAUUCUGGCUGGUCGUUGGUGCCAUCACGCUUCCUAACGCAUCACGAUGGUUCAAGGGCUCUGGCCCAUCAAUACAACAAGAUAUUGUCUUAUCUUCCUCUUCAUCCUCGCCAUCCAAUACCACCAAUUAUUCACAAAGACCACAGCAACAGCAGGUUGUAUUUGGUGAGUGGAAGUACGAUUCUAAGAUCAUGGUUACAGAACAUGUCCCAAGCCCGCCAAAGGAAGGAUUACAGGGUGUUUUAUAUGAUCGUGGAAACUCGUGUGAUGAUCAACCACAAGAUGCACUUCCCAUAAGGAUUCAAAGUAAUGUACCCAAGAUAGCUCUUAUUAAGCGGGGUGAAUGCUACUUUACACAGAAACUACUUAAUGCUCAAAGGGAUGGUGCAAGUGCUGCUAUCGUCUACGACAAUGCUACUUUUGAUCAGGAUCCAUCAUCAAAUACUGGCAUGUUUGUGCAACCGGACAUGGUCAAGAUUCCCGCCUUUUACGUUGAUCUCUCUGUUGGAUUGGAGAUGUACAAGCGACUUGAAAACGUAUCACAGUCAAUGUCAUCUGAUAAUGGAUCCUUACCUUUGACACGGGUGACGAUUUAUCCACCACAAGGUGCAAAACUUGAUCCUUGGCAAUUUGCUCUUAUUAUUAUUGGUCUUGUCGUCGUCACAAGUUUGGCCAUCCUUGUGGCAAUGCAAUGUCAUUUAUGGCGUGUUGGUCGACGUGGUGAUAAUCUGAAUAGUACAUUUGGGAGAGAAAGGAUGGAUGAUGAAGAAAGUAUCCCACCAGAAGAUCAGCUUUGGCGAAGUUUGGCUAUGGUAUCACCACAUACACAUCCACGACAAAAACGACAACUCACUCAAGACAUGGUGCGCAUGCUACCAACGCGGCUUUACGGCUUGGAAAAUCAAGAGGAAUGUGAAAAGGCUGCCAAGGAACAAAAUGGAUGCGUGAUUUGUCUGGAACCUUUCAAAUUUGGUGACGCUAUACGAUCGCUUCCUUGUCAACACGAGUACCAUAAGGAUUGCAUUGAUCCUUGGCUCACUAAAAAGAGUGCGUCAUGUCCAUUGUGUUUGCAAGUGGUUAAUAUACCGGCACCCCCAGAUGAGGCACACAUUGACGUUGCUACUACCACUCCUAUCAACUCCACAUCAUCACCGUUCGACGUUGUGAAUCAUCAUCAUCAGCACCAAAGCACUGCAUCUUAUAAUGAUGAAGCCAUCGAAAUGACCGAGCAAAGAUCAAUCACCAAUUCAACUACUGAUAAUCUCAUGGAUAUCCGCCGCUUAUGGCAAUGA